UGCGACAGUUAUUGUAGUUUUUACACGGUACCGGAACUACAGUGACAGGAGCUUGUGGACUCUCGCGAUCUGGCUUGUUAAUUAUUUGAGUUCGUUGAAUUUAGACACUGAACAAGAUGACUGACGAUUCUGGGCUGUUUGCUGGCUUAGCGUAGCCUGUGGUGUUAGCUAAGCGGCGUUCCGCUGCAAAAACAGACAGGCAGAAACCGUACAACAACAGACAAACGGACAGUCAGGAACCGUACAACAACAGACAGACAGACAGACAGACAGACAGACAGGAACUGUGAGCAGGCUCAGCACGUGUGGCCGCACAGUUGAUGGGUUCUGGUUUGGUUCUGGUUUCGGAUCUACACCAUGCUGAACGUACCGACCCAGUCGUUCCCGGCUCCGAGCUCACCGCAGCGGGUCGGUCAGUCCGGUGAGUCCAAGAGGAACAAGGUAGCUUUAAAGCCGGGCCACAGUCUGAUGGACUGGAUCAAGUUUUCCAAGAGUGGCCAAGAUCUGACAGGGCUCAGGGGAUGCCUAAUUGAAGUUACACAGGCAGAGCUGCAGAAACACAACACCAGAGAGGACUGCUGGACGUGCAUACGAGGUAUGGUUUACAAUGUUACCCCAUACUUGGACUACCACCCCGGAGGAGAGGAGGAACUGAUGAGGGCAGCUGGGAUAGAUGGCACUGACCUGUUUGACCAGGUUCAUCGGUGGGUCAAUUAUGAGUCAAUGUUGAAAGAGUGCCUGGUAGGCAGGAUGGCCACUAAAGCCACAGCAGCGAUUAAAGCUAUGAUUCCACCUCCUCCACCACCUGGCCUUGCUGCACCUGCCUCACUGAGUCCUCCUGCAGAUUCUCGUCCUCGGUAUGACUGGUUCCAAACUGAUAUGGCUGUUCAUCUGGUUGUUUAUACCAAACGGAAGAUUCCCAGGUCAGGCUGUACUGUUGUAGACCUACAGGAAGGUGUCUUGCGACUGGAGGUACUGCUGGGGAAAAUGUCCUACUUGGUACAUUUACGUUUGGCUGAAGACACAGAGAGAAGUGUAGCUGUUCAAACUGCUUACGCUGUGGGAAAGAUCGAGAUCAGCAUUCCCAAACAGAAUGAAGGAACAUGGGCGAGUCUUGGUCAUCCACUCGAAAGCCACGAUACAUUUUUAUGCAAAAAAGACAGAGCUCUGUGUUAUCGGGACUGUGUGUUGGUGUCAAAGAUGGAGGUGAAUCAUAACACACAUGUGUUCAGACUGAAAAUUCCACACAGUACUGUCAUGCAUGUGCCUGUUGGACAGCAUGUCUACCUCAAAGCCCUCGUCCAAGACACUGAGGUCGUGAGGCCGUACACACCAGUGGACCAGACUCUGACAGCAGCCUGUCAGCACUCGUCACAGGGAUCAGAACUCUAUCUCAUGAUCAAAGUUUACCCUGAUGGAGUGUUCACCACACAUCUCAACAGCCUCCACAUCGGUGAUCAUGUGUCUGUUAGCUGUCCAGAGGGUACCUUCAGUCUCCGCCCUCUUCGUGAUGUCACAGAUCUGUACCUGUUAGCAGCAGGAACAGGCUUCACGCCAAUGGCUCGCCUCAUCCAAGUGGCCUUACAGGACUUUGGCACCAUCAGAAAAAUUAAGCUGCUGUUUUUCAAUCAACGAGAGGAGGACAUUCUUUGGCGCACACAACUGGAUAAAUUGGCUGCUAACAAUGAAAGGUUUCAGGUGGAGUAUGUCCUGUCAGAAGCCUCUGACAGCUGGGCGGGCUUGAAAGGCCGUGUGGACCAGUCCAUGAUGGAGGACUUCCUCAUCAGACCAGACGGGUCCAAAUGCUUCGUGUGCGUGUGUGGACCUGCUGGCUUCACAGAGUUAAUACUAUGGUUGGUGAAGCAGCAGGGCUUCAGUGAAGAGGAGGUCCAUGUGUUCCUGGGUUGAUCGUCUCUGCCUCCAACCCGUCUCACUCUGUGUGUGUGUGUGUGUGUGUGUGUGUGUGUGUGUGUGUGUGUGUGUGUGUGUGUGUGUGUGUGUGUGUGUGUGCGUGUGCGUGUGCGCGCGCACACAUGUAAGAGUGGACAUGUGAACCUUUCUUUAUAAGAAGGGACAAGAACAUAGUAUUUCUGUGCACCAUUGACUUUGUGAUGCAAACAUUUAAAAAUUUGCAAAUUGACAGAAAAAAGAUCUAUUUUCUUCAAAAAUGUUUCAUAUUUGACAGAAUGUUGUAAAGGAGUGUAAGAUGAGUAUAGGCUGUAAAUAAAUGGACAGUCUGUGGCACUGAGAAAAUACCAACAGUAAAGAUAUGCAACUUUA